GAGAGUCGGGCGACGUCACGAUUCCAGCCUGAGCUCGCGCUUUCGCACAAACGCUGAGCCGCCCUGGAGGCACCGGCGUGAGCGCUGCAGGCGCGCUCGGGCAGACUGUGAGCCCAGCCCUCACGCCGCAGCGCCCAGGAGAGGCGGGCUGAGAAUCGCGGCUUUACAGCCAAGGUGCCUGCAGGCUGGGGAGCGCCCGGGGAGCGUGUCUAUUUGCGGGAGUGGGGCUCCCUGCGCCCGCCUCUCCCAGCCCGCCGCACGCACCGCACCUGCCCGGCGCGCCCCUCUCGUCCGGACUACAUUUCCCAGGGGGCAUCGGGCUCCCCUCGCCACCCGAUUGGCGGAGCCCACCGGAAGGGGCGGAGCCACGAAGGGAACGGGCCGGUGGCGGUUGCUCUGGGGCUGGCUGGAUCCUCUCGGCCCAAUGGCUGCUCUGAAGUACGCGGGGCUGGAGGACACGGACAGCGAGGAGGAGCUGCCGCCCGGCUGGGAGGAGCGGACCACCAAGGACGGCUGGGUUUAUUAUGCUAAUCAUCUUGAAGAGAAAACCCAAUGGGAGCAUCCUAAAUCUGGAAAGAGAAAACGCAUUGCAGGAGAUCUGCCAUAUGGGUGGGAGCAAGAAACAGAUGAAAACGGACAAGUCUACUUUGUGGACCAUAUAAACAAAAGGACUACGUACCUUGACCCCAGACUGGCAUUUACAGUUGAAGAUAAUCCAGUGAAGUCUACGACUAGACAGAGAUAUGAUGGAAACAGUACUGCAAUGGAAAUCCUUCAGGGUCGUGAUUUGAGUGAAAAAGUGGCUAUAAUCACUGGAGCGAAUUCUGGAAUAGGAUUUGAAACUGCAAAGUCUCUUGCACUCCAUGGUGCCUAUGUCAUUCUUGCCUGCAGAAAUAUGUCGAGAGCCAAUGAAGCUGUGCAACGCAUCCUAGAGGAAUGGUGGGACUUCUCUAGCCACCCAGGAUAUGGCUUGACACCAGAAGAGCAGAUGACUCCACCUGAACAAUAUUGUGUUCCAGCAGCUCCCCAUUCAGACUUGACUUUGGUAUUCACAUUAGGUAAAAUUCACAGAGUGGUGACGGUCAGCACAAGAAGCUGAACCCCUUUAUCUCCAAGCUUGGUCUUUAGAGGAUUUAAUUGGAACAAAGUGAAUGGUACAGUAUUGUACGGCAUGGAGUGAAUUCCACCCAAUGACUUUUUAGGGUAUGUGUUCAGUGCAGUGUUAACUCUGAUUGGCACCUGGGUCUGGGUCCCUAGUUUCACCUAGCCUGGGUGUGAGCAGCAGCACUGCAAAGCAACAGUCACAUUACUGUGUCCUCGGUGGUGCUGCACUCACCUGUGUAUGUCACUAGGACUUCUGGAGGCACAUCCUAUGGUUCUUUGUAUUGCUAAGAUUGUUUCCCAGUUAUUUAUGGGAGAAUUUGUCUUUCCUGGGCACACAGAGGAAUUGUGGGAAGGAAUUGGAGGACUGUCAAUACUUGGGUAUGGUAACCUGUGUCCUCACUGCAAAGUGGGUGGAUUAUCACCCCAGGUGAAAGCAACACCUGGAUGUUAGUCUAUACUGCAGGAUGGGUGAAUUAGCCCAGUCUGAAAACACCACUAAACUUGGAUCAGAGGUAUGGUGUGUGGAUGGGAGGGAGAUGAGGUGCCACACCUGAGUAAGAACUUGGGGCCAUGUCUACGCUACAGGCACUAUAGCGGCAUAGCUAUGGUGCAGGUAGCUAUGCCAGCAUAACCCCAUAGGAAUCCAGCAUACAGCAAUGGUUUUUCCAUCUCUGUAGGAACUCCACCUCCCUGACUGAUGGCAGCUAGAUCAAUGGAAGUAUUUUUCCAUCAAUCUAGACCAAAUUAGGUCUGGCGCUCAGGGCUGUGGAUUUUUCGUACCUCUGAGCACUCUAAGUAUGUCAAUCUAAGUUUCAACUGUAGAACAGGGCUGGGUUACUUCUGCAGCAGGGACGUCCUCUUAGGCCGUGUCUACACUAGAAGCACUUUGGCAGUAUAGUUAUAUCAGCAAAGCACUCCUAUGGGGUGCAGUUUAUAUCAACAAACCCACUUUUGCCAGUUUAGCUUAUUUCAGUCCCCUCUGAGCGAAAAAAAGCGAUAUCAGUUUAAGCAUAGUUUUGCCAAUAUAAAUGUGGCUACACUAGGGGUUUUUGGUGGCACUGCUGUGUUGGUCAAAGAUCACACCUCCUCACCCCCCGACUGACAUAGUUAUACCAGCAAAAGUCUGUGGAGUAAACCUGGCCUUAUAGCCUUCUGCACUCCCUGAGUGCCGUGUCAUGGUCCCAUUGAAAUCUAUAGUAAAGCUGUCAUUGACUUUAAUGGGAACAGCACUUGGCCCUUUAAAAAGGUGUCAAGUAUUGUUUAUUUUGAUAAGUGCUGUCAGGCAGAGUCACAUAAUAUUAAGUGCUUAGAGGUCCCCCACCUCUGUUGUGCUAGGCACUAUACAAACAAAGAUGGUCUCUGCCCCUAAGAGCUUGUAAUCUUAGGCCAGGAUUAAGGUAUACUAGCAAAAGUGCAAGUUUGCUGUUAUGAGAUCCAUCCUUACUAGGAGAGCUUUGCCAGGAUAGUAUACCCGUUUAGCCCAGCCUAAACUCUGUAUAUGCACAAUUCUUGUUUGCUCAGAAUUGUACAGUUUAUUCUGUGGGUUGCUUGCUACCAAAAGAAAAAAAUUUCACCUGUGAUGGAAUUUCCACCAUGCAGGGGACCAGCACAAAGCCUACACAAAACAGUUAAACCCUCAAAAUAGAACAUCAGUGGAAUUUAAUCGAUGCAUGGGCCUCAUGGUGCCCCUCUGCACAGGGGAUGCAUUUCACCUCUAAAGCAUGGAGGAUGGGGAACUGAUUUAAUCUGAGGUUCUUGUCUCAAGUAAUGAUUCUAAAAGGUGACCUGUCGCCCAUCAGCACAUUCCCUUGUUAAUGGGCUUAUGUAAUGGCCUCAGUUACAUAUUCUAAUACGUACUUUAAAUGUUAAAAAAUACAUUUAUUGAAAGUUAUAU